GGGUAACCACUUAAUUCAACCGAUCCCUGUUCUUUUUAGAUAGACAACUGAAGUGCUUUUUUAUGGGAAAAUUACACAAAAUUGGACUUAUUUGUCACCACAAUUUUUCCUGCGACAAAUAAACGCUGGACUCUUCUUACGUCACCAGAUAUUGCGUGUCCAAGGGGAUUCUGCUACUGAAAAUAAUCGACCAUUCCAUCAUAUAAAAACUUGACACCUCUCUUUGGAGCUCACAUUCCAGGAGACAGUCUAGUAAAUACUUUCUCAUUUCAGUAGUUUUACAGGAAUUAUCUAGGCCAUGAAGAUUUUAUUUGCUUUAGCUGUUUUUAUGCUGGUCAUCCUUUUUACAGAAGGAAAAUUGGAUAAGGCAACAAAACCUGUGCAAAGUUUCAGGAGCACGUCAUCAAAAGGAAACCUGUCUCCAUUUCUUAGAAAAAUCCGCAGUACACAUGGUUUAGAGCAGGAAUUGCUAACGACAAGCGAUGACAAACAAGAGGAAGAGGUAGACGAGGUUGGAACCAAGUUAAUGGAUGAGUUCAUGUUGUUUCUGUCACUGAAAGAAACUGGGUUGCUUGACAUGUGCCUGUCGUCAAUGAAAUGAGGACAACGAAUUCAGUGAAUGAUUAUUAUAUGUAGAUCUAUCAUUGUUAUAAAUAAAACCUAAUUAUACUAGU